UUGAACCAAACUUGAUUUUCGUCGAAGCGCGCGAUUUCCUCGCCGCAUAUGGAUGGGUUCUUAGAACGCGUAAGGAUCGGUUCGUAGCACGCAUAGCGUAUCGUGGUUCGCGUCGACGUCCGUCGUCGCAUCACGUCAUGCCUCGAUAUCGUCCCGUCGUCUGUUCCGUCAAGCUGCUCGCCCUGCUGCUCACUGCCGUCGCCGUCACUCUUCCCUUCCUCACCUUCCGCCUGCCGCCUCUCGACCUCCCCGCACUCGCCGCUCGUCGCGACCUCCGCCGGUUCUUCCGCGCGCCUCCCCGAUCCCAGCAACGUUUCGAUUAUCGUCCAUCCGCGCUUGUCCAAACCGAGCAGCCCUUCGAGGCUCGGCAAUCCGAGCCUGUUAUAAUCGAGCCGCCUUCGCACGGAGUCGUCGAUUCGCUGAGAAAUCUCGGGCCAGGGAAUGGACGACUCGCAGUUAGCUCCGAUUCUGGCGGGAAUCGCGGCGGUGCUCACGGGAAGACGAAGCUGCAGGGGGGGCUGGCAUGCGUGGAACUUUGGAGAAAGUUCCAGGAAUUGCAGCAGGCGAUGACUGACCUUCAGGCGAAUUAUUCACAGCUCGCUCUGCAGCAUUCGGCUCUCACGUCGGCGCAUUCAGCCCUUCAGUCGCAAGCACAGCAGCAGCAACGCACCAUCCAAUCAUUGCCAACGCAAUCAGCAAUUUCCGGUCCUGCAGAGGACCAACCGAUUCCAGCCGGAUUGAGGGCAGACGGGGUUCGUGAAUCAACGCCAGAGUUGGCGAGUGCUUCUAGGGGGCGUUCUUAUAACGGGCCUGCUGAAGGGCCUGAGGCGGCCAGAGGAGGAGUUUCCUCCGGUGUAGUAGCACGUGGGGCUUUCACAGAGGGGUCAGUGUUGCCGGGAAAACCAGAACCUGCGGAUUCAGAGUCGGUUGGGGGGGGUUUGGAGGGUGACUGCGAGAGUGCACUGAUGGCGUGCCAGCAGCAGCAGGAGCUGAUGAAGUUAGCCGGGGGGGAUGGGGGGGACGGAGGGGAGGGAGGCGAGGGGGGAGGCGGCGAUGUGCUGCAGGAGCUGGCAGCGGGGAUGAAGAGCCUCGAGGUGUCGUUCCGCCUGGCGCUGUGGAAGGAGGAGCAUUGCCAGGCCAAUCAGAGCGCGCUGAGGUGGACCAAUCAGAUGCUCCGGCACGACGUCUCCCACCUGAGGGCAAAGCUAGAGGCGUGUGGCACGAGUGGCAGUCUGCACUCGCAGCAUCAACUGGAGGGAGGGGGCAGAAGCCAGGGCAGGAAUGCGCAUGAUGGUGCUGGCGAGGGUCAUGGGGGCGCUGUGGGUGCGACGGAGCGAGCCCUCUUGACUCUGUGGGAAGCUUCCCCGUCCCUUCAGCUGAGAGAUGUGCACAGCGCUGCUGUGCAGGAGGCGCUGAGAGAGCUGAGGCGGGCAGUGAGGGGCGAGGGGGAGAUGAAGGAGGGGGGAGGGAAGGAGGGGGGAGGGAAGGAGGGGGGAGGGAAGGAGGGGGGAGGGAAGGAGGGGGGAGGGAAGGAGGGGGGAGGCGAAGAGGCAAGGGAGAGAGAGGGGCGGAAGGGGAGACAGUUUGAGACUCUGGGUGUGGGUGGAGGGAAUGUUACGGUAGCGGGGGAGGAGGUGUGGUUGAGUGAGGAGGAGGAGGAGCGGUUAGUGCCUGCAGCACCGCAUGUGGAGGACUGUGAAUCGCUGGCCAGGGAUGUCAGCCUUCUCGAUUCGCGGUCUGCUGACGGGGCGCUCCCCGAUUGGUCGCUUUGGGGCGGCAGGCUGGCAUUAGUGGCACAAAGAUUGGAGGAGAGGGAAAGGGAAAAGGUGAGGAGGGAGAGAGCAAGGGAAGGAGAGGGGCGAGGGGAUACGGAAUCAGAGGUAGCGGGGCCAGUGCAGGAGGAGGAGAGACAGCUGAGGAAAGAGGAGCAGGCGCGGUUAAUAAGGCAGGAGGGGCGGGAGAGGUCACUCGAGCAUGAGGAGGAGGAGAGGCAGUUGGAGCAGGAGGAGCAGGCGAGGUCGCUGGAGCACGAGGCGCUGCGGCGGCAGGUGGAGGAGCGGAUGAGGGAGCGGGUGGGGGCGAGCCAGGAGGAGGCGGAGGUGGCCGCAUGGAUGGCAGCAGCACGGGACGAGCAGCUCAUGGGCGCCAGCAGGAAGACUGUUCUCGGGCCGUACCCGCCCUGGGUGAGAGCUUUGGGUCAGGUGCCUUGUGUGUGUGUGCUCAUAAGAGCCGGCAUGGUUGGCAGCGGGAGGAGACGGGCAGCCGAUAGGCGGUCUGCAUGCGGACUCAAAGUGCACACACGCACACACCCACACACCCACACCCACCACACACACACACGCACACACUCACACACACAAGCACGCACACACACACACGCACACAUACACACCAUGCUGUCUAUCCCCCACCGAAUAUCAGGAUCAGACGAAGGCAACCUAACCACGAACGACCCGUCGUGCCGAGAAAAUUAUCUGGGUGCAGCAGCACUCAAGGGACUGCUCACACCACAUCUCGCGCUGUGUGUGGCAGGAGCAGACGAGGGCAAUCUGGUCAUGACCCGCCGCGCGCAGCGGGACAUUUGGGUGCAGCAGCACCCCACGGACUGCGCCCACCCCUCAGUCAAGUUUCUUGUGGUGGACGUGCUGAGGAAGGUCCGUGGAAGGUUCCUGGGCGUGGGCGCGCAGGUCAACUGGCUGGCGGGCGUGCUGGGGACGGCGGUGGGGGAGGGGCGGGUGGUGGUGGUCCGGCACUACCACCGGGCGGAUCAUGACGGGUGCACUGGUGUCCAUAGAGGCCUGUGGUCCUGCUACUUUGUGCCAGAGACCUCCCCUGAGUGCCGCCAGCAGGCCCUGCAGCUACUGCACUCUACCCACCCCAGUCACGCCUCCCCCACUCUCGCCUCUCCUCUGGGAAAUGGCUCCUCUGGUGGUGGUGGCAGCGGUGCUGCUGCUGGGAAUAAUGCGAGUGACAGCAGCGGGGGGGAUUGGAGUGCGAGGAGGGUGACUUUAUGGAAUGAGUACCUGGACAGCAAUAAGACCAAUUUCUUCACCAUCAACUAUCCUACCAUAUGGGGUAAUCCGUGGAAGCACAUGCAUCCGACGGUGGACGUGCAUGGAAGGCUCAUUCGAUGGACAGCGUUCAAUCGCCACCGUUGGUGGUUCGCCCAGGCGUCUACCUACCUCAUGCGCUACCCCUCCCCCCGUCUCUGCCUGCUCCUCAAUCGCGCCCGCCACCACGCCUUCGGCCCUUCCCUCGCCGCCCGGGCAGCCCGCUUCCUGCCUGCCGAUUGGCCGAAAUCCGUCGAGCAGCUGCCCGGUUUCACCGCCCGAAACGCCCUCGGGAGCGAGGGGAAAAUAGAGGAAAUCUGGCGGGCGACUGGCGGGGGUGUACAUGGUAGUAAAGGGGCGCCUCCAGGCGGACAUCUAUCAGGAGGAGGAGCAUAUCUGCCGGAGGGGCUGGUGGCGGUGCAUGUGAGGCAAGGGGACAAGGCAGGGGAGAUGGCGAUUGCAGGGCUUGACGUGUACCUGGCGCUGGCGGGCAGGGUGAGGAGACAGUUCCCCUAUGCCGACUCGGUGUGGCUCAGCUCAGAGAUGCAGUCUGUUAUCGACUCCACCAAGCACUACACUCGCUGGCUCUUCCAUGCCACGGACUUUCCCAGGCAAGCGCUGGGUGAAUCCAUGGAUGCAUACGACGCACGGGUGGGCGAGCAAGCGGCCACAGAAAAUGCCUUCGUGAAUCUUCUUAUAUCUGCGGAUGCUGAGUUCUUUGUGGGCACCAUGGGGUCGACGUGGUCCGUUCUGAUUGAAAAUCUGCGCGUGGCUGGGCGGGGGAAGGCGCGGAUUGGAAUGCUGAGUGUCAAUAGGGACCGGUACUGGUUCGGGGAAACGUGGGAGAUAUGGAAGGACUUGUACAGGAAUAUCACUGUGUAAAGUCUUUGUACCGGUAUUCAGUUGUUCGCACUUUUAGAAAAUCAAAGCUUGUAGAUGUG